AUGGGUUCUUGGAUACUAAAGUUGCUGCUGCCAAUAAUUCUGCUUGUGUUGAUUAAACAUGCUGAUGCAUACUCUAUCAUCAAAUAUCUUCCAGGCUUUGAAGGCCCUCUUCCUUUUGAGCUCGAAACUGGGUGCUCUUCUAUGUCAUUCAUCUUGUUCUCCAUAUCAGUUCCAUUGUACAUAGGUGUUGGUGAGUGGCUAGACAAGCAUCCUGAGUAUUUCUCCAAUCCGUUCUAUGUUGCCGGAAACUCUUAUUCCGGUAAGGUGAUUCCAGCCAUUGUUCAAGAAAUCUCAAAUGGAAAUGGUAUAUGUUGCAAACCUCAAAUAUAUCUCCAGGGUUAUCUGCUCGGAAACCCGACAACAAAUGUUGAUCAUGAUCGUAAUAGUCGCAUUCCACUUGCUCAUGGAAUGUCAAUGAAGAAAAGCUGUAGAGGAAAUUAUUUUAACACAGAUCCUCAAAACACAGAAUGUUUGAAACUCGUUGAAGACUUCAACAGGUCUGUUUCUAAAAUAUAUGAAGAACUCAUCCUAGAAUCAAAUUGUGACGCAACGUCUCCUGACUGCUAUACGUAUAGGUAUACGCUAUCCGAAUACUGUGCUAAUAAGGAGAGCGUAAGUAGAGCACUUCGUGUGAAGGGGACUACAGCGAGAUGGGAGCGAUGUAACUAUAAUGUCCAGUGUAAUAAAAACAUUAAAAGCAGCAUACCACACAUUGAAGGCUAUCGAUCUCUCAUCUUCGGAUACACCAAAACUUAUGCUAAUAAGAUGACAUUUGCCACUAUGAAAGGAGGUGGGCACACACUUGAGUACAAACCAGUGGAGAGUUCAAUCUUGUUCGAGAGGUGGAUAAGUGGCCAACCUCUUUAA